UCUAAGAAGGCCAGUAAAAAUUAGCCUGAAUUGGAGGGAAUAACACGACGUUGGAUUAGUCGGGCGAACCAGAUAAUUUAGUGCACCGGUGUCGUUCUAUAUGAGGGAAUAACACGACGUCGGCGAACCCUAUAAUCUAGGGAAACGGUAUCGUUUUCUUUCUUAGGCAUUCAUUUUGAUGAAAUCGCUCAAACCUGCGUCAUUUCAUCCUAGGCUACUGUCGCUUGCUAUAAAUGGGAAAGCGCGGCGGUGCCCGUUCACUGUGAUUGGAGUUGAAAGUGGGGGCGGAGUGGAGUGGCAUCGGUUCUUUCAUUUUUGACCUAAAGUUGACCCUUGACGAUAAUCGGGGAUCAAAGAAUUUGUAAUGGAAAGUGAAGGCGCUGCCAUCAGAGCAAUGGGUUCCCGUUUUAAGCUUACCGAAGUCUACAUAUGGGAGGACGGCUCAACGGAGACGCGUGAAGUUUGUUUGUUUCCCGAGUCCGCCAGUGUAAGUUUUGUGAUUUCUAGUUCAUGACUACAACCAUUUGGAAAUUCGAACUGUCUCUUGCAAUUUGGGACUUCUCUGUACGGUUCUUGCUUAAUCAUUUUGUUUAUUUGUGAUGGAAAUGUAGCUUCACCACCUAUAUUCACGUAUCUGUAACAAUUUUGUAUCAAAUGCAGAAAUUUCCUCAGGAUUAUGAAGAUAACAGUUCAAACAUCCCUGCCUCAACCAUUGAGUUUAGUGAAGCCCCAGAGGAUGUGGAGCUGACAAAACAGAUGGAUGCCUUAGGGCUUCCCCUCUCCUUUCAGUCCAAUAAAGAGGUGAGGAACAAAAUGAUUGCAGGCAAAAGGAAAGGCACUCAUUUGAAGCUUUCUUGUGGUCAUAAAGAAGCUAAGGAUGAAGCACUAGAAUUUACCAGAGUGAGUGAGGUGGAGAUUGUAUCUCCUACUGUUUUGCAUGAUAACACAAGCGAUUCUUUAUGUUGCAUGUCAAUACUGGGCCAAAGUGAAUCAUAUUAUUAUGAUGUUGCAGUUGAUACCAGUGAUUCUCAAUGCCCUGCUGGUGAAGAUCCUUCAAGGCCCACUGAGAUUAUAUCUGAUGCUGUUUUUGAUGGAAAAUCUGAUCUGUCUAAUAAUGGCAUGGAAUAUGAGUUUGUAGCAUUCAGUGAUGUUAUUUCAAAUGAAGAAAAUGGGAAAGGACUUAGUUCAGGCAAUGCAGAUGCUCCACAUUUACCACCAUGCUGGUUGACAGAUGCAAGUGUUGACCAUGAUAAGAAAGAACUUGGUAGAAGUUUGAUGGAUUAUGAGUGCCUGGAAGAUUCAUCUGCUGCUCUAAUUCAUGAACAAAGCAGAAGGUUUUGCAAUGACAACAGUACUGAGGAGGCAGAAGUUUCUGAAAUUGUUGUGUUAUCUCAGAACUCAGAAGUGUUUGAACAUGAUGGAGCAGACAGCUGUGGCUACAAUGUUGAUUUUGGAGAUUGGAGGGUAUACUGGGACUCUUUCUACUUGAGAAAUUACUUUCAUAACAUCAAAACUGGUGCUUCCACAUGGGAUCCACCCACUGGUAUGGAACAUCUAGCAUAUGAUGGUGUUGCUGAUGGACUGGAUGAAGUAAUUGCUCAAGCAACUGAAAAUGAUGAUAGCCCUUCCAUUUCUCGCACUUUGCUAAAUUAUUCUAAGUCAUUGGAAGAACCUCCAAAUGAUGCUAGAUUGGAAGAUCAGCCAUCUAAUGAGGUUUCAACGGGGAAAGGAGUCACUGCUGAUAGCUCUUUUCCAGGAAUGACUAUACUAACUGCAAACAACAGUUCUGAUCUUCGAGGUGAACUUCAUGGGAUCAGUGCAAGUUUUGAUGAUGAGGUUACAUCGUGCUUAUCAUCAGAUGUGCAGGAGCAUAUUGGCAGCUUGACCUGUAAGAUCACUGAGAAAAUUAAUGGGGAUGAAAACAUGCAAAUAGAAAUAGUUGAUCCUGCAACAGAUAGGAUGGAUACCCAGUUUGACUCUGGCAUGAAAAAAAAGAAAAAGAAAGCAAGAAAAAUGGGUGCACGUAGGAAAUCGUCCAAUGCUAGUGAAGAGCUUCAGUGUCAAGUUAUCUUGGAAGAGUUAUCUGCCAAUAUUGGCAAAUACUGGUGCCAAAGGUACCUUUUGUUCUCCAGAUUUGAUAGUGGUAUACAGAUGGACGAGGAAGGUUGGUUUUCUGUGACUCCAGAGCCUAUUGCUAGGCAUCAUGCAUUACGUUGUGAUAGUGACAUCAUAAUUGACUGUUUCGCUGGAGUUGGUGGAAAUGCCAUCCAAUUUGCGCAGAGGUGCAAACAUGUUACUGCGAUUGAUGUUGAUCCAAAGAAGAUUGAUUAUGCGUAUCAUAAUGCUGCCAUCUAUGGAGUUAGAGACCAAAUAGAUUUUAUAAAGGGGGACUUUUUUGUUUUGGCACCAAAGCUGAAGGCAGACACAGUCUUCUUGUCACCUCCUUGGGGAGGACCUGAUUAUGCUAAAGUAAAGACUUACAACAUCAUGAGAAUGCUUAAACCACAUGAUGGAUAUUUUCUCUUUAACACUGCAAAGAAAAUUGCUCACAAAAUUGUCAUGUUUCUACCUAGAAAUGUUGAUCUCAACCAAUUGGCAGAGUUGUCUCUAUCUGCUGAUCAUCCAUGGUCGCUAGAGGUUGAGAAGAACUUCUUGAAUGGCAAGUUGAAGGCAGUAACUGCUUACUUCAGUGCAACCACUGUUGAAGGCAAUGAAUCACCUUAAUGAACAUGUGCCCUGGGUGAACGGGACUGGGUAACAUCCCAGAAAUUUUCAAGCUGCUAUAUAGUAUCUUUUGUGUGUUUGUGUGUGUGGAUGUCAUGUACAAUUGUGUGAGCUGUUCUAUUAUUUAUUUUGCUGAGACACUAAGUUAUGGAAUGGUAAUCAAAUCUUUCCCUAGAGAAAUUUGGUGAAUUAGUCCUGUAUGAAUGAUGUAGAGAUUAGAAUAUGCAAAUUUGUAACAGCUGAAGUCAAUAUUUCUGGAAAAUGAAUUCGAGAAAAGUUUGUACAAGUUCAUCUCUCUAGUAUAUUCGCAACUAUGCAAUAUUUUUGUUGGGGUGACAAGCA